GGGUGCUGCCCGUCUGCCACUCACUCUUCGCUCUGGCCACCGAGGAUCUCAGCUGCUGGUUCCCCCCCAACCACCUCUUCACUGUCGAGGACUCCCGCAGCCAGGUGGUGGUGUACAGGGUCAGGUUCUUCUUCCCCAACUGGUGUGGACUGGGCCAGUCUCACCGCUUCCAGCUGCUGAAUGACCGAGCCAGCCCCAUCCUGGACUACCCUGUAAUCGAUUACCUUUUUGCCCAGUCCCGCAGCGAUUUCGUCGGGGGCCGCGUGGGGGUGGCGCUGAGCCUGCCCACGCAGGAGCAGUGCCUGAGCCUGGCCCUGCUGGACAUGCUGCGCCUGGCCAGGGAGCAGCGCUGCAGCCCCCAGGAGGUCUUCAGCCAGGUCAGCUACAAGUCCUGCAUCCCGGAGCCGCUGCGGUGCUGGAUCCAGCAGCACAAUUUCCUCACCCGCAAACGGCUCCCGCGCAGGCGCCUGGGGGGCUGCCAGGCGGACGGGAGGGCGCUGAAACUCAAGUACCUGCUGGACCUGGAGCGGCUCCCGCGGCGCUGGGCACAGGAGAGUUUCCACGGGCGCUCACCCGGCUCCGGCGUCGGCAUCACCAUCCACGUGGCUGGAGAAAACGGCGUCUCCUGGGGCUGCCGCGGGGCCCAGCCCUCGCCCACCGCCCCCUGCCGCAGCCUCACUCAGAUGAUGUUCCACAAGAUUGACCCCCAGAGCCUCACAAGGGGUGAGAGCCUGGGCCAGGGCUCCUUCACCCGCAUCUACAAGGGCAUCAGGAGGGACCAGGAGCAGGAUGAGCCCCACGAGACCCCAGUGGUGCUCAAGGUCAUGGACAGCACCCACAAAAACUGCACCGAGUCCUUCCUGGAGGCCGCCAGCAUCAUGAGCCAGCUCUCCCACAAGCACCUGGUCCUGCUGCACGGUGUCAGCCUUGGGAAGGACAGUAUCAUGGUGCAGGAGUAUGUCAGGUAUGGGCCCCUGGACCUCUACCUGAAGAAGAACCAAGGCGAGGGCAAGGUGAACACCAGCUGGAAGCUGCAGGUGGCCAAGCAGUUGGCCUAUGCCCUCAACUACCUGGAGGACAAGAAGAUCACCCACGGCAACGUCUCAGCUAAGAAGGUGCUGCUGACCAGGGAGGGGGAUGUGGCCAGUGGCAGCCCCCCCUUCAUCAAGCUCAACGACCCUGGUGUCAGUGUCACCAUCCUGGCCAAGGACAGGACCCCGAGCAGCCCCGGGAAGGACGGGCAGUGCCGGUACCACAUCAAGUCCUGCACGUGGCCGGGCAGGUGGGCAAAGCCAGAGAUGUGCACCGAGGUGUUGGCCACGCGUGGGGCUGGGGUGGGCAGAGGCUGA